AUGGAACAUCUUAACAUUUGCUUUAAAGAAGCGGAAUACAAACUGUUUAGGGAGAAGGAAUAGAAAGAAUCUAUGAGAAAUUACCAUUAUCUCAGUUUCAUCACAGUUGGGUUUCUUGUUAUUAUUGCCAUUAUAAAGAGAGAAUUCGUUCUUUUUACCUGGAUAAGAUUGGGAAUGACAACAUUCUCGGUGCUCUCCUCAUUCUUCCUUGCAAAAUAUAGACCUCGACAAGCAAGUUUCUAUGAAAUGAUUCUAAAUCAACCAAUGUUCGUCAUUGUCUCUUUUAUGAGGUGCCUAAGUGUAUCAACAACUACACUUUAUUACCACCCAAUUGUGGCAUUUCAAUAGUUAUAUAAUUUUCUAGUAUUGCAAAACUCUACUCUUGGAUGGUUUCCGAAAACAGUCUCCUAUGCAUGCAAUUAGAUUUUAUACUUUUCCUUAUUUUACUGGAAAUACGGAAAUGAUGGUUCAAUGAUGUAAAUGCCAGCUUUUGCUAUGCUCAUUGUAUCAUUUGUGGGGAUUUCACUUAGAAGAAAUGAAGAACUAAUGAGAAUUGAUCUUGCCACUAGGACCUAAGAGACUUUCCUUAGAGAAAAAAUCUAAAAGAUUCUGCUCCUAAUAUAAGAUGGGGUCUUAAUCAUAAAUUAGAUGCAAGAUGACAAAGAAAUAGUAUAUGAAAAUGAUACUUUAAAAAAGAUAAGAAAAAUGAUAAAGACAAAGUUUUCUUCCUAUUAAUUACGUAAUGGAUCUUAAGCUGUAUCUUAGGAAAAUUAAUUGUAUGAUUCUGAUCGCUGUUUAAGAAGUGAUGAUAGUUACUAAUAACAAGAAAUUCUGCUAGAUUCUUUAUUCGAGAAUCUUCAAUUCAGAUAUGAAUUUAGUAAUAACAAAGAGAAGAUAAUGACUUUUCCUGAAUGGAUAAAGAAGAUUAGAUCUAAUAAAAGCUUUGAAAAUUAAACUUUCUUCUUCAAACUAGAGCCUAUAGGAUUUUCUAUCUAGAUUUAUAUCAACUACCUAGAAAAAGAGGGUUAAAUUCUUAUUGUCUUUAAGGAAUUAUCAGCUUUCAAGAAACUUUAGAAAACUAAAAAUAGAGAAAAAUUCACAAAUAUUUUCAUCAAUUCAACUGCUCACAAUGUUUACACUCCUUUAAAUGGACUUAUUGGUAUUACUUAAUUGAUAGAAAUGGAAAUGAAUAAAAUGCCAACAGUAGUUAGCUCUAUAAGAAUCAUGAAAACUUGCAUCUAUAAUCUUUUCUACACAACUUAAAAUAUUAUAGAGCAUUCCCGAAUCCGAUUGAAAAAAUUCAUUCCAGAAAUUUAAGAAGUCCGAAUUUUCGAUAUUAUAAGCAAACAAAUAGAAAUAUUUAAGAAUGAUGCAUUUUAAAAGGACAUUGAAUUAAUAAAAACUAUAAACUGCGAAGAAGUGAUCUGUGUUGAUGAAGCACGGUUAAAUCUAAUCAUUUUCAAUAUCCUCAGCAACUCAAUUAAGUUUACUGAAAGUGGGCAUAUUGAAGUAAUUGCAGACAUCAUUUCUUCAGAAGAACUUUAAGAAAGGAUUGAGGCUAAUUAACUUGCAGUAAAGGUAGAAGACAUUCACAAAAUCUAUAUGAAAGGAAAUACUUAGUAUCUCUAUUUGAGUGUAAUUGAUACAGGAGUAGGGAUGAAUGUUUCAAAGCAUGAUGAGCUUUUCAAUCUUUUUUAAAAAUUUAGAGUUUCUGAGGACAAUAUAAACCAACAAGGAUUAGGGCUAGGAUUAUCAGUAUCAAACUUGAUAUGCCAGCAAUUAAAUGGAAAUAUUUUCUUGGAGUGGACUAGAAAAUCUAAAGGCUCUAAAUUCUCAUUUUACAUCCCUGUACAAGUUAUCUCUGAUGAAUUUUUGAAUGCAAUUGAAAUCGAUAACUACUUGGAUGGAGAUGAUACAACUAAGUAUAAUUCUACAGAAAAUUAUACUAUUCUAAAUCAAAAACUUGAUAGAAAUAAAUUGAUUCAAAAAGAAUUAGAGUCAGCAACCAAGAAUCUUCAAUUUAAUGUGACUAUAACUUCAGUACCAUCAAAUGAAAUAUGUCAUGUACAAUAUUCUUAUGAAGAUAUUUAUGAGGAGUUAAUAAUCACGGCAAAAUCAGAUGAAAAGUCGUUAACUAUUCCAACUUCUAAGAUUUUAGUGGUUGACGAUACUGUGUUUAAUGUAGAAAUUAUAAGUAUGCUCUUGCAGUAACUAUUUGCAAUUACAAUUGAUUCUGCUUAUAGUGGCUAAUAAGCUAUUCAAAGGAUUAUAGAAAGAAUAGAAAAUAUCAAUUAAAAUCCAAGUCAACAAAUGUACUCACUUAUUUUGAUGGAUAUAAAUAUGUCUGGUAUGGAUGGAGUUUAAGCUACUAAGAUUAUUAGAAAUAGAUUCGGAAAGUAUAUCAGCAAUCAUUGUAGAAUAUAUGCUUAUACUGCAAUCCCUUAAAGCUAAUUUGGUGAUUACUCAUAAAAGGGAUUUGAUGGCUUUUUGCCAAAGCCUCUAAAUCAUUAAAUUCUAUAGAAGGUACUAAUAGACUUAAAAAUAAUUUGA